AUGCCAGCUCCACACGGUGGUGAAUUGAAAGACCUACUCGCUCGCGAUGCUCCCAUCAAGAGCCAAUUGCUCCAAGAAGCGUCAGAAGCUUCUUUGAAAUGGAACUUGACCGGCAGACAGAUCUGUGAUCUAGAAUUGAUCCAAAACGGUGGGUUUUCACCGCUGUCUGGAUUCUUGAACCAGAAAGACUAUGAAAGCGUCGUUCACAACUCGAGAUUGACCAGUGGACUGGUGUGGACGAUCCCAAUCACCUUGGAUGUUGACGAAAAAUUCGCAGCAAAAUUAAAACCCGAUACCAGAGUUACUCUGCUGCAAGACGGCGAGAUUCCUGUCGCGAUUCUCACUGUCACUGAUGUUUACAAGCCAGACAAAAAAGUUGAAGCCAAACAGGUUUUCAGAGGCGACCCAGAGCAUCCUGCCGUGAAAUACUUGAACGAAAGUGCUGGGGAGUUUUACGUUGGUGGUGAAAUUCAAGCUAUCCAGAGUCCAGUCCACUACGACUACCCAGGUCUUCGCAAAACCCCAGCACAAUUGAGACUGGAAUUCGAAUCUAAAAACUGGGACCGUAUCGUGGCUUUCCAGACCCGUAACCCCAUGCACAGAGCUCACAGAGAGCUCACGGUGAGGGCCGCCAGAGAACAAAAUGCCAAAGUGUUGAUCCACCCAGUCGUGGGUUUGACCAAACCUGGGGACAUUGACCACCACACUCGUGUGCGUGUGUACCAAGAAAUCAUCAAAAGAUACCCUAACGGAAUGGCCCAGCUUUCGUUGCUGCCUUUGGCUAUGCGUAUGGGCGGUGACCGUGAAGCCGUCUGGCACGCAAUCAUCAGAAAGAACUACGGUGCCACUCAUUUCAUUGUAGGUAGAGACCAUGCUGGCCCUGGUAAAAACUCUGCAAAUGUGGACUUCUACGGGCCAUACGAUGCCCAGGAGCUUGUCGAAUCCUACAAGAACGAAUUGGAUAUCGAAGUUGUCCCUUUCAGAAUGGUGACUUAUUUGCCAGAAGAAAACCGCUACGCGCCAAUUGACCAAAUCGAUCUUUCCAAAACGGCUACCUUGAACAUUAGUGGUACCGAAUUGAGAAACCGUUUGAAAGCGGGCGGUCCCAUCCCAGAAUGGUUUUCCUACCCAGAAGUAGUCAAGAUUCUAAGAGAGUCUAGUCCCCCAAGACCAAAGCAAGGUUUUGCCAUCGUCUUGUCCAAGUCUUUGGCCAACAACAGUCAGCUAUCCAUCGCUCUGUUAUCUACAUUUCUACAAUUUGGUGGCGGCAGACACUACAAGGUUCUAGAGCACAAGAACGAUGUCAACGUAUUGGAAUUGAUUCCAGACUUCAUCAAAAGUGGAUCUGGUUUGAUUUUCACGGAAUUUGAUGGUGCCAAAACCGGUGAAAACGCCUACCUAGUUGGAGCCGACGACGGCGCCAAGAUCAAACUUGACAGCGACGACGAGUCCAUAUUGCAUAUUGUGCAAAAAGUGGUAUUGUUUUUGGAAGACAACGGAUUUUUCCAGUUCUAA